CCCCAUUGCGCGUUCAUUACCAUUCCAUGGCAGAAUCAACGCACCACAAAAUCACUUCCAAAAACGAUGAUCGUCCACCUCGGGCCCAUGUUGAGAGGACAAGAGAUGUAUUCAAGGCUACCAUGGCACCCGCGAUCAAACAGCAACCGGCUGAACCAGAAGCGAAACCCGUGCUGUCACGACGCCCACCACCAGAACACAAGGAGAAAAGGGAACGAAAGACAGCAGCUGAGAAAGAGAAUGAGCUUGAACGAGAGAGGUUGGAGGAAGAGGAACAAAGGGCAAAGGAUAUCGCAGAACACGAAGAACGGAUAGGAUACUCAAACUACUAUUACGGUAAGUGUCAAUACGGCACGGGCGAUUAGGAUUUAUUUUUCGCAAGGAGCUAACCGACAGAAUUGGCAAUAUUUGUUACGGACCAAGAUGAUGAAUAUGAGUACCGGCACGUCACACUCCCGAA